AUGCCGGGGCCAGACUUACUUUCAAGUCAAGGACUACGACUAGAUGGUCGUCGGCCAAAUGAACUUCGGCGUAUAAGAUGUAAACUUGGUGUUUUUACUCAACCUGAUGGCAGUGCAUAUUUAGAGCAAGGCAAUACUAAGGUCUUAGCUGCAGUGUAUGGUCCUCAUCAGGCAAGCAAAUCCAAAACAUCCACAGAGGGGGUUGUUGUUAACUGUCAAUACAGCAUGGCCACAUUUUCAACAGGUGAAAGAAAAAACAGACCGCGAGGUGACCGGAAAUCACAAGAAAUGUCCUUACACCUGAGACAAUCUUUAACAGCAGCAAUCAAAACAGAACUUUAUCCUCGUUCACAAAUUGAUAUAUAUGUUGAAGUAUUACAGGCAGACGGCGGUGCGUAUUGCGCGUCAGUGAACGCAGCGACGCUUGCCCUAGUCGACGCGGGUAUACCGUUGAAGGCUUACGCGUGCGCUUGCACCGCGUCGAUGGCGUGGCGCGGAAGCGAACCCGAGCCGCUGGUCGACGUCGGACACGUGGAGGAAGCUGCCGGCGGGGUCUGCUUAACUGUGUCCAGUUUACCCUCAACAGGUAAUGUUGCCUUACUCGAGCUCUCGCACAAACUUCACAUGGACUAUUUUGACGUGGUAUUGAGCAGAGCAUUGCAAGGAUGCAGAGAUAUUGAGAUUAUUCUCGAUCGCGCUGUGAGAGACCAUUUGGCAGAAGGAUGGACGAAGCAAGAUGUUGUCACCAUA